AUGGCAGCCUCCAACUAUGUCACCAGGCAGUACGCCUCUGAAGCUUUUGUCGAGAGCUGUGGCGCAAUCCCCUUCGACUUGUCCAAAGACCCGGCAAGGGUCUGCCUGAUUCAUUACCUAUCCACAGACGAAUGGCUCCUGGCCAAGGGCAGACGCAAUUGCGGCGAGUCGAGGCACGAGGCAGCCUUACGAGAGGUGCAUGAGGAGACGGGCUUCCGCUGCCGACUUCUGCCUGUUGAUAUGGCCACGCGGGCGACGGGACCGGAUGACGAUGCGAAUGUCCCAGAUCAAGCAGCCGCGCGUCGAGGACUCACGGAGCCGUUUAUGCUGACGAUGCGAGACGUUGAUGGGGGAUCUGGGGUGAAACUCAUCUGGUGGUAUGUCGCGACUCUUGAGGAGGGAACUGCGGAAGAGGCGGUCGGUGGGGAGGCUCAGUUUAGUGCGAGCUUCUUUGGUCUUGAUGAAGCUGUACAGAGACUGACCUUUGAGGACGACCGAAACGUUCUGAGGAAGGCCAUCCAAAUCGUCAAACAAACAACCCUUGUGUCGUAG